CGAUGAGACGUGUCGUGUGAUUGGAUAGAAUGCAUGGUGACUAAUGUUAGGUCAGUCGUGAUUGGUCGAGACGCGCUCUAUAUGUUUUAACUGAUACAGAUAGCGCGGCUGCGGACACCGGGGAGCGGGAUGGCUUCCACUGUCCUCGGCGUGGGCACCGGGGUGUUUGUGAUCGCUGUUAUCUGGGUGGUCACUCUGCUCACUUGUGUCCUACUGUCUCGAGCGGCUGGAACAGCACGGUUCUUGAGCCUCUCUUUGUUUCUCCUGGCAGUGAUCGUAACUCUUAUUCUGAUUUUUUUUCCACGAGCGAGUGAAACUCCCUCACCAGAGAAGGAAGUUCAGAUCGUGGACACAUUCUUCAUCGGCCGCUACGUCCUGCUCUCUCUUAUCAGUGCCAUUUUCCUUGGAAGCCUCUUCUUGUCUGUCGUCUACUAUAUCUUAGAACCUGUCUACGCCAAACCUCUGCGGCUCCGGUAACACUAUGGAAAUUCGGAUUCUGGUGUGGCGGUUUUCCUGUUUUCAUACAGAAUUUAUUUUUAUAUAGAAUUCUGCCUCCUUUAUGAUACAUUUUAUACUGUUUGUAUGUGUUAUAAUAGUUGGUAAAUCAUUUGUCUGAUAAAUAAAUUAUAUGUAUAUAUUUA